AUAAGAAGGCUGUUUCCCGAAAAAAAAAAAACAACAAAGUUUAAAAUGACAUACAGAAGAGAUCGAGGUGUGCGAGAGGCGUAUGAAGAGCGCUUCUUGCCAGAAAGACCAGGUCCAUAUCCACGAGUAGCUGGAGGCGUUGAGAGGAGAGGCCCAUUUGGGAGGCCGGAGGAUGAGUACGGGCGUGGCUAUGAAGGAGGUCCCCGUUUUUACCCCAAUGGAGGCGGCCCCAGAGGCUACCACGAAGACCAGAGGGGCUACCAAGUUGAAGGCCAUCACUUUCCUGAACGCAGAGCAAUCCCACCAGCACGGAGGGAAGAGUUUCCAUACAGGGUACCAAGAGAAGACCCUCAUGCAGCGCGACCUUUGGAGUUUGGGGCUCGUGUUCCUCCACCUCACAGUGUGCGAAGUCAGGGCGUCUAUCCAGCACCCAGAUCACUUCCAGAAAGCGGAGAAGAUACAUUAGUGCAAGCCAUCCGCAACCUGGACAGAGGGGAGGACCGAGAUCCUUACAGGAGAAAGACAGCUCUGUUUCCUCCCCUAAGAGAACGUUCCCCUGUCCGCCGCGAGGUGGCUCGUUCUCCCCACAGUCGCUCAGGCUCCAGUGUGAGCAGUAGAGGCUACUCGCCAGAGAGAGCCAAGAGCCUGCCUUUUCCAGCACAGCAAGGCAAGAACUUGGACGUUCCAGAGAGUCACACAGGUGUUACUGAGCACCUCUGGGGGGCGCUCUUUCCUCAGACUGGACACGAGACUUUGGGGUAUGAAGAAACUUAUUCUCAGUCCAAGGUAAUUGACAAAAUCCCUGGCCUGUCACGAGAAGGCUCCCCGCAAAGUGCAACAUCAAAUAAGGAGGAGAGUCAUCCUCCGGAAGUAGAAAAGGAGGAACCAGUUGCAGCCCCUGUGAUUGAGGAAAGCAAAAAGUCAACUGAGAAUUCAGAAGAGAGGCGAACUAUGGCUAUCGCAGCCAAAGCCAAGGAGAUUGAAAAGGUCUACAGGCAGGACUGCGAGACGUUCGGAAUGGUUGUGAAAAUGCUCGUGGCUAAGGAUCCCAGCUUGGAGAAACAGCUGCAAGUCCCUCUCAGAGAGAACCUUGGAGAGAUACGAGAGCGCUGUCUGAGCGACCUUAAGCACUUCAUCAGAGAGCUGGAUGAGGAGGUCCGGCAGCAAGAACCGACAGUCUGUGACUCUGCCACUCCCGCCAUUUCCCAGAAACUCUCAAAGACCGGAGUGAACCACAGCUCAUCUUUCUGAUUUGGUUUUUUUGUUGUUUUUUUCCUGACUCCGCUCCAAUAAUGUGAGGAAUUUUUGGAAUGAUCGGCUCAAAUUUAGGAUUGUUUGGCUGAACGUACUGUAGGUCACAGCAAGCCAUGAAACUCUUCACAGGACUGACCAGUGUUAUAUUUGAAUGGACCCUUUAUUAGGUUUUCUAUGAAAUAUGUCAAAAUAUUCUAAACGAUAUUCUGUUUAAUGUUAAAUUGUUAUUUAAAAUUAAGUCACCAUGGCUCCCAUGGGUUCGGUUUGACGUUCAUUUUUCAAGCAUUUUCUCACAUUUUGUAAGUCUUGUUUUCUGGUAUGUGAAUUGAAUUAUAAAUCGUCAGAUGUAUGUAUAUGUAUAAGUUGGUGCUGCAAAUGAAAAAAAUGUUAAAAGAUCAUAUAAAUUUGUACUGUCUUGAAAUAUUUGAAUUUGACUUUUUGCUUUUUAACAGUGUGCAGUAAACAUGCAAAUCCUAUCCAUCUUUAUAUAAAUCUUAUAUUGCUUAAUUAUUGGCAGCUAUGGUA